CCGGCCGUGCGGCCCCAACAUGGUGGACUACUACGAGGUGCUGGGCGUGCCCCGCCAGGCCUCCUCCGAAGUCAUCAGGAAGGCAUACCACAAGCUGGCGCUCAAGUGGCACCCCGACAAAAAUCCCGAGAACAAGGAAGAAGCGGAGCUGAAAUUCAAACAGGUGGCCAAGGCCUACGAGGUGUUGUCUGACACCAAGAAACGCGACAUUUACGACCGCUGUGGCAAGGAUGACGUGGAGGAUGCUGAGGCGAGUGGGACAACCUUUGAGGACCCGUUCGAAUUUUUCUUCUCCUUCUGUGAUCCAGCUGACAUCUUCAGGGAAUUAUUCGUCAGCCAGGAAGCAUUUUCAUUUGAUUUCUUUGCAGACCCGCUUGAGAACAUUUUUGGCGGUGAGAGUAGCUCCCGAGGAAGCCCAAUCAGAGAUUCCGCACCCCUUUUCUCCACCUUCAAUGAUUUUCCAGCCUUCGGAAGUGGUUUGUCUUUCGAUCCCUUUGAAUCCCUGGGAAAUGAGGGCCCUUCUUCCUUCGUGCCCUCUGGUGGUGGUUUGGGUGCGACGGGCCGCGCCAAGACGGUGUCGACUUCCACAGAAAUAGUUGAUGGCAAAAUAAUCACCACCAAGAGAAUCAUUGAGAACGGCCAAGAGAGAGUGCAAGUGGAAGAAGAUGGACAGUUAAAAUCCCUCAUUAUAAAUGGCAAAGAGCAGUUGCCACACAUCAACACCAAGUAAUUCCAGUCCACAUUUGAAUCAAAGCACAUUUUAAGGUAUGCGGGACAUUUUUAAGAUUGCAAGUGAACUCUACUUUCGGAACAACUGUACGGGAGAAUUUAUGAACACUUCAAUACUGAUGCCUAUUUGUUGUUAUUAAUGGGACUGCACAAACAGGACCUGUUUGUCUUUAAAACUGUUACAAAUAUCUAUGUGCAUUAAACUUA